UAGUUUGAACUCUCGCGGCUUUGGCCACAUUUCCGGUAAUUAAGAAAUUUCGAUUGCACCAAAACUGCAACUUCAGUUAUUAGUACGCCCUCGAUUUUCUCGUUCCGCUUAAUCACAAAGUGAAACAGUCACGUAUUGUAGAUGGUUCUUAUACAAAAUAUGUUAGUCAGUCCAUCGACGUCGACGUCGUCAUUUCACUAUCUACUGUCUCAACAGUUUGCACCCCUGCAAGGCGAAGCCAUUCGAAAUUUUCAGCCGCCCUGUGCUGUGAUGCGUGUAGUGACAGAAUCUUCCAUUUUAACGAUUUUCAGUCAGAUUAAGUGAGUGAGUGAAUUCUUAACGCCAUGAACAAAUCCCGGGAAAGCCUUGAGGCGAACGCCAAAUUGGAAGCGACAGCACAACUGGCUGCGAAGAGAGAAAGUCUCCGAAAAGCCAUUGCCGAUUUAGAGGCAUCUGCCAAGGAAAAGUGCAUGCUGGCUGGCUCGCUGGCGGCCCGCGUUGCCGCCCAGACGGCUGUCCUGGAGACGGAGCGCGCCAAAACGGCGGUACUGCGGUCGACGCUUGAGCGACUCGAUGCUCUCUCGGCGGCGAGCGCCGGCGCGUCCGGAGGAUCACCCGAGCCGUCCUCGCGCGACGCUUGGACGCAGACGGAGGACGACGCGGAGGCCCUGAGAGAGGAGCUGCGGCGCCUACACCAGAAACGCGACGAACUGCUGGCCAAGACGCGCGGCAUGCCGAAGGUCUCCCAGCACAUGGUGGAGCUGCUCAAGAAGAGGAACGCGGUCCUGUUGGCUCGCGAGCAGCGCGCCCUGGAGCGCACGCGGGCCGAGCGCCUGGAGAAGGAGAAGCGGGUCGUGGAGCUGCAGGAACGCCUGGCCUUCCUCAGGGCCUCCUUCAAGUAGCGCACGAAGCCAAUCUAUGCCCUUAAUUUAAUUUUGCUUAAUCUUCCCACAAUAAUUGUACUCCCACAAGACGGGUGCAGUCUUGAAAAUAUAUAUUUUUGUUUUUCAAAGG